CGGCGCUCUGCCACCGAGCGCCAAAACCCUAAUUUUGCAAUUCUUGCUCUUUCACAGUCGCCAUCACCGGCGCUUUCUCUCUCUCUCUCCACUAGGCUUAGGUCAAGAUUGGGGCUUCCUGAUCGUGCGCCGGAAACAUGGGGAGGAGAGAGAAGCCGGCGGCGAAGCUCGACGAAGGAGACGACGGAGAACACGAGUCGAAGUCGGCGGCGCCGCUCGGCAGCAGCGACGACGACGAGGAGGAAGCGAACGAAGAUCUGAGCCUGAGAAUCGUCGAGAAAGCGCUCUCGGCGCGCGCCGCGAAGCUCGCUUCCACUCCGCCGAGCGUCAUCGCGUCGGAGGAAGACGACGAUCAAGCUGGUGGCAGCGUCGUCGUAUUGCAGAAGAACGAUGUGAUCAGGGAGGAGAAGGUGCGGAAGAAGGAGCGGAAGAAGAAGAAGAGCAACGGCCGAGAGACAACUGUUAUUGAGGUAGAUGAGGAAGAGAAGGAGGAGGUUGUUAACGUGACAGAGGUUCUGGAAUCAGUGGAUCCAAAGAAGGCUGAGAUAGCAGAUAAUAUCGUCCUGCGAAAACUUCUCCGCGGCCCGAGGUACUUUGACCCUCCGGACAGUAGCUGGGGAACUUGCUUCAACUGUGGUGCCGAAGGUCACACAGCAGUUAAUUGUACAUCCCAAAAGCGAAGGAGACCAUGCUUCGUGUGUGGGAGUUUAGAACACAAUGCUAAACAAUGCACAAAGGCACAAGAUUGCUUUACUUGCAAAAAAAGUGGUCAUCGCGCAAAGGAUUGUCCAGAGAAGCAGAGGGCUGGCUUUCAAAAUACUAAAAUAUGCUUGAGAUGUGGACAUUCAGGGCACGAUAUGUUCUCUUGUGGGAAUAGCUAUUCUGCUAAUGAUCUUAAGGAGAUUCAGUGUUACAUCUGCAAGGAGUUUGGCCAUUUAUGCUGUGUGGAUUCUAUUAAUACUGAUCCUUGUGAAGUUUCCUGUUACAAAUGUGGUCGUCUCGGUCAUACUGGUUUAGCCUGCUCAAAUGUUCGCGGUGAUACCAUGGGUGAAUCAACGCCUAGCUCAUGCUAUAAAUGUGGUCAGGAAGGCCACUUUGCCCGGGAGUGUAAGAAUUCAACCAAGGGUGAAGUUACACCUAGUUCGUGCUACAAAUGUGGUGAAGAAGGUCACUUUGCCCGGGAAUGUAAGAAUUCAACCACAGAUGAAGCAGCACCUAGUUCAUGCUACAAAUGUGGCAAAGAUGGACACUUUGCGCGGGAGUGUAACAAUUCAACCAAGGUACGCAAGAGGAACCAUGAGCUCUCAACGGCGACUAUGAGAUUUCAUAGAGAAGAUGAUGACUACAUGGGCUUCAACUCUGCACCUAACAUUAACCAAAAUUCUGGGAAAAAGAAAAGAUUCAAGCAUGAAGAUAGGGGCCUUAGAACACCUCCCCAAUCGAAACGUAGGGGUGGCUGGAUCACAGAGGAUCCAGGAGACAGUCCGGCCAGCAAGUUCCCAAAAAGCCCAAGAUCUCCUGCAAUGCCAUCACAUAAGGGUCACAUAUCUGGCUCCAAAUCUUCAAAUAAGUCACAUAUGGUGCAAUAUGACUCCUAUGGCAGCUCCAGAUCACAAGGAUCAGGGCAGAGAUCCUCGGCGCAGUAUGGCCCCUAUGGAAACUCCAGAUCACAAGGAACAGGGCAGAGAUUUUCUGCUUCGAGGUUUGGGAAUUCCAGAUAUGAUGGGACUAGGAGAAACUAUGAUUGGUGGUAGGAAGCUUCUUUUACAUAUAUGAGUAAGCAUCCGGAAGCAGAUGGAAUGAGAAACUUACUCAGAACUAAUUUCUUAAUGGGGCCAGCUUCUACAUUCUUGUAUCUCGCAAAGUAUAAAUUACGAGGAGAAUGUCGGGGAAGCAACCUUUCGUCUAGGUGUCCUCAAUGUUGUACAUCACAAACGAAGAAUUUCUUCGACUCUUUCUUUAUAGUUAUUUUUCUCAAGUUCACUCCUUCAAAUAAUUAUAAUUCGAUUUUCUCCAUUCUGCCGGAAUUAAGAACCACCAUUUACUCA